GCUGCUUGUGCUAAAACAUCAAUGCCUUAUGACUCCACGACUGCAAAGGAGCCUACACAGACCACUUCAUCCACUCACUUUGACAACAAUUCUUUUCUGAGAUUAUUGGACAAACUGGAAGAUUUCCCCAUUGAUUUAGAUAGAUUUGUGGAGGUAGGGAGUGUAGAAGGAUACACAUGUACAAUUUGCAAAUCUCUCCUAUACCUUCCGGUGCAGACUCCAUGCAAUCAUGCUUAUUGUUUUAAUUGCAUCCAACAGGCAUUCAUCCAUGCUAAUCAUAACACAAUCUCCUGUCCAGUGUGCAAACUGGUAGUACAUCAAGAUCAUGUCACACCCGUUAACACACUAUGGCGCGUUCUUACAGAUCACCUUUCAAUGCAAAACUUGCACAGAUGACACAUUAAAACCACUUCAUCUAAGACUCGAUCAAUUAAAACAUGUUUGUACACAGUCUCCACGGAAAACAAAUACCUUACGCAACCCUAGCACUCCUGUCACAAUGCCAGUAGUAGUUCUCACCCUUCCAGUCUUGCAAACCCCAGUAUCAAACAAGGUUCCCACCAUCCAGACAAACACAGUUAAAGUACCACCCCCUCCUGAACAAACCAUUGCAGCGCCAGGUCCUCCACAGCAAACUGCUGGUAUGGUAACUAUUGAUGUGAACAUGAUGAAGGUUGUGCAACCCAGAAAAAAAACUAGGUGAGGCAAGCACCACAACCAAACGAAAACGGGUUCGGGCCAUGGAUGAGGUGCGGACAGUUGUCAGUGGUGGUGCCUCGGCCGAACAGUUCCAGGAUGCGAUGAAGGCCAUGCCAAAGGCACAGCUCCUAGAGAUGUUUCACGACUUGGGCCUGGAUCAAGUCAGGAUACCAUAUGGUCACCUGUUGGCGGCAAAAGUAGACUGUGGUUUCAACUAUAACCAGAUUAGAAAGCUGCGCAGAUGGCUAAAGAAGUACGGAGUGACAGUAGAGUCGGAGAGUAUCAAGGCAGGUGGCAAAGAGCCUACUCUCCAAUCCAUGCCGAGUUCCUACCCUUCACUGUUAAGACCCCCAAUGGCACAAAGGUAGAUUUGCUGCCAUGUGCCUAUUUGGAG